AUGAAGGACGCCUCAAGUGACUUCGGCCCAUCGCCAUUGAUGGCUGCAUGGGAUGCCCAAUCCCAGGUUCAUUUAAUUGUCGGUGCCAAUCCUUUGGCUGCUGCUCGAUGCGCCAAGGUUCUUGAAGCCGGCGCAAAGCCCGUUAUCAUUGCGCCAGAGACGGCCGACAUGCAUUUUACCUUGACAGAACACAUUAACAAUGGCUCUGCUCAAUGGGUGCGUCGGGAGUUUCAGGAUGAUGAUCUGACCAACCUGGGCAGAGAGGAAGUUGAUCGCGUAGUGGACACGGUUUUCGUCACUUUGGGUGGCAACAAUCAAUUAGCCUCUCAUAUCUCAAAAAUGUGCCGGCGUCUUAGGAUUCCAAUCAAUGUGUCUGAUGCCCCGGAACUAUGCUCAUUCACCCUGCUUUCAACUUACUCAGAUGGCCCGCUGCAUAUUGGAAUUACCACUUCUGGCCGCGGUUGCAAGCUUGCCUCGAGACUACGACGCGAGAUUGCUGCUUUUCUUCCCGCAAACCUGGGCUCUGCUAUUGAUCGGCUUGGCGCCGUGAGGCGGAAGCUCUGGGAGGAGGAUAAUGCGGCUGGACUUGGUGAGGUGGCAGCAGAGUGCGACGACGACGAUACGGCAGGCCAGGCCCACACCUUCAAUUCCCUGGUCACGGAAGGCGAUGUCGCUGCUGCAAAAUCAAGACGGAUGCGCUGGUUGUCACAGAUCUGCGAAUACUGGCCGCUCCGGAAGCUGAGCUCUAUUACCGACGCCGAUAUCGACACCAUCUUGAAAGCAUAUUCGUCUGGGAGGGAAGACCCACAAGAUGCCAAUGGAAUCAAUGGCGUCUCGAAGAAAGGCAAAAUCAUACUUGCUGGUUCCGGUCCUGGAUACCCGGACUUGCUCACUCGUGCCACAUACAAUGCUAUCCAGAGUGCAGAUAUUAUUCUGGCUGACAAGCUCGUCCCAGCUCCAGUUUUGGACUUGAUUCCUCGCAGGACAGAAGUCCAUAUUGCGCGCAAGUUCCCGGGAAAUGCCGAUCAGGCACAGGAAGAGCUUCUGCAGAUGGGCCUCGCUGCGCUGAAGAAAGGACAGCAGGUGCUUCGAUUGAAGCAGGGUGACCCCUACCUCUAUGGCCGCGGGGCUGAAGAGUUCGAGUUCUUCCGUGGUGAGGGCCAUAUUCCUGUGGUGCUACCUGGCAUCACUAGCGCCAUGAGCGCAUCUCUUUUCGCGGACAUCCCCGCGACUCAUCGCGGCGUCUCUGAUCAGGUGUUGGUCUGUACAGGAACUGGCAGGAAAGGCGCCGCCCCCAAUCCGCCUAUCUAUAUCCCUACCCAGACUGUGGUUUUCUUGAUGGCCCUUCACCGCUUGUCGGCCCUUAUCGAGUCCCUUACUGCAUACCCCGCUGAGGACACCAUACGCUCCAGAACCCUCUGGCCCAAGGAGACCCCUUGCGCAAUUAUUGAGCGUGCAUCCUGUCCUGACCAGCGUGUAAUCCGUUCAACGUUGGAACACGUCUGCAUGGCCUUCGAAGCCGCUGGCUCACGGCCACCGGGCUUGCUGGUGGUUGGUGCCAGCUGCCAUGUCCUUCACAACCCGGACGGCCAAAAAUGGGUGAUUGAGGAAGGAUUCCAUGGAUUGGACGAACUCCACGGAGAGAAGGAUACGGUAUUGACGCCCUCGGAAUGA